UCACCAGUCCUUGCCCAAUGAGCGGCUGCUUAGUGGCGGGAGGGCGGGGUAGCCUGGCGGAGCUCUGCUCGCCCUGGCGCUCUGCUCUUUCCGGUCAUGGAGGCGCUCGCCGCCCGCUUGUUUUUGCUCCUGUGGCUUGGGGCCUGUGCGCCCGCGCCGGGCAGCGCCUCCUCCGAGGCACCCUCGCUGAUCAACGAGGAGGUGAAGCGCACAGUGGACCUAAGCAGCCACCUGGCAAAGGUGACGGCCGAGGUGGUCCUGGCGCACCUGGGCAGCGGCUCCACGUCCCGAGCUACCUCUUUCCUUCUGGCUUUGGAGCCCGAUCUCGAGGCUCGUCUGGCGCAUCUGGGCGUGCAGGUGAAGGGAGAAGAUGAGGAAGAGAACAAUUUGGAAGUACGUGAAACCAAAAUUAAGGGUAAAAGUGGGAAAUUCUUCACAGUCAAGCUCCCAGUUGCUCUUGAUCCUGGGGCCAAGAUUUCAGUCAUUGUGGAGACAGUCUACACCCAUGUGCUUCAGCCAUAUCCAACCCAGAUCACCCAGUCAGAGAAACAGUUUGUGGUGUUUGAGGGGAACCAUUAUUUCUACUCUCCCUAUCCAACGAAGACACAAACCAUGCGUGUGAAGCUUGCCUCCCGAAAUGUGGAGAGCUACACCAAGCUGGGGAACCCCACGCGCUCUGAGGACCUGCUGGAUUAUGGGCCUUUCAAAGAUGUCCCUGCCUAUAGUCAGGUAGGCUCAGGUGGAGUCCAGCCCAUCCCUAUCUGCUUCAGAGAAUAUCUUAAGGGCAUAUCUACUCUGUUGCAGACCAUCCUUCCUGCUGCUGCCCAGGAUGUUUAUUACCGGGAUGAGAUUGGCAAUGUUUCUACCAGUCACCUCCUUAUUUUGGAUGACUCUGUAGAGAUGGAAAUCCGGCCUCGCUUCCCUCUCUUUGGCGGGUGGAAAACCCAUUACAUCGUUGGCUACAACCUCCCAAGCUAUGAGUACCUCUAUAAUUUGGGUGACCAGUAUGCACUGAAGAUGAGGUUUGUGGACCAUGUGUUUGAUGAACAAGUGAUAGAUUCUCUGACUGUGAAGAUCAUCCUGCCUGAAGGGGCGAAGAACAUUGAAAUUGAUAGUCCCUAUGAAAUCAGCCGUUCCCCAGAUGAGCUGCACUACACCUAUCUGGACACGUUUGGCCGCCCUGUGAUUGUUGCCUACAAGAAAAAUCUGGUAGAACAGCACAUUCAGGACAUUGUGGUCCACUACACGUUCAACAAGGUGCUUAUGCUGCAGGAGCCCCUGCUGGUGGUGGCAGCCUUCUACAUCCUGUUCUUCACCGUCAUCAUCUAUGUCCGGCUGGACUUCUCCAUCACCAAGGAUCCAGCCGCAGAAGCCAGGAUGAAGGUAGCCUGCAUCACAGAGCAGGUCUUGACCCUGGUCAACAGGAGAAUAGGCCUUUACCGUCACUUUGAUGAGACUGUCAAUAGGUAUAAGCAAUCCCGGGACAUCUCUACCCUCAACAGUGGCAAGAAGAGCCUGGAAACUGAACACAAGGCCUUGACCAGUGAGAUUGCACUGCUGCAGUCCAGGCUGAAGACAGAGGGCUCUGAUCUGUGCGACAGAGUAAGCGAAAUGCAGAAGCUGGAUGCACAGGUCAAGGAGCUGGUGCUGAAGUCGGCGGUGGAGGCUGAGCGCCUGGUGGCUGGCAAGCUCAAGAAAGACACGUACAUCGAGAAUGAGAAGCUCAUCUCAGGAAAGCGCCAGGAGCUGGUCACCAAGAUCGACCACAUCCUGGAUGCCCUGUAGCCCCUGCCCAUGUCCUCAGGGGGGCCCAGGGGUGCCUGUACUUCACAGUGGCAGGCAGAGUGGGUGGUAGUGGGAGGUUGAGCAUGGAGGCCAGUCAAGGCUGACAUCUGUAAAAGGCCUUUAAGGAGGAGAAAUCAGGCCUUGCCUCAGGCAAUGUGAGCAGCUUGCUGUUGGUCCUUAAAUCUUUCCUUUUUUAAAAAAAAACAAACAAAACCUUAAAAAUACUCCCAUUAAAAACAAAACAUCUUUGUGUUUUGAACAAAGGAAUUUUCAAUAUUUGAUCGGUAUUCUGUUCUGAAGCCUAGGAUAUUUUUUCAGCCUAUAAAGUCCCUUAUUUUAUGCCCUUCUAAUUCCUGAUGUUUAGGUAUUUUGUGAGUGCAUGUGUUACUUUUUUUUAAAAGCGUGUGUGAACAAAUGGAAAUAAAGCAGGGACUGUGAACAUUGG